AGCGACUCGAGUGAAGCAGAAUCAUGUCUGGCAGAGGGAAAGGAGGCAAAGGAUUAGGCAAAGGCGGCGCAAAGCGGCACCGCAAAGUGCUUCGCGAUAACAUCCAGGGCAUCACCAAGCCAGCUAUCCGCCGCCUGGCUCGGCGUGGUGGGGUCAAGCGGAUCUCGGGUCUGAUCUACGAGGAGACCCGCGGGGUGUUGAAGGUUUUCCUGGAGAAUGUGAUCAGGGACGCGGUCACCUACACCGAGCACGCCAAGCGCAAGACGGUCACUGCCAUGGAUGUGGUGUACGCUCUGAAACGACAGGGCCGCACACUCUACGGGUUCGGCGGCUAAAUAACUCCCCUUUAU